AUGCCCAGCCUCUGCCUUGUGAAGAACAGAACUUGGGGACAGUUACUCUUCAGAGUGGACUUAGUCCAGGUUUCUCCAGACCCAGCUCCAUCAUCUGAGAGACACAUAGAUGGCCGGAGAGGCCUAGAGGCAGAAGCUUCGGAGCUGUGUUACCUUGGCAAAUGAGGCCUUAGUUGAGAAGAAUACAGUAGAGUUUGGCCUUGGCAGAGGGUUUGGCCUUGGUCUUCACCAUGCGGUUAGGGAAGCCUAAGGGGGCCAUUUCCCGGAGCUCGGGCCAGGGCAAAGCCCCCGAGAAGAAGCGCAAGGCUGGCCGGCAGCGGCAGCACUGGGGCGUGAGCAUCCGCUUCGACACGGGCUUGAGCAGACUGCCAAGAGGCCUGGACGAGAAGCCCUAUAAAUGCUCCAAAUGCGAGAAGAGCUUCAGCCAGAGCUCUACCCUUUUCCAGCACCAGAAGAUCCACACCGGGAAGAAGUCCUAUCGGUGUGCCGACUGCGGGAAGAGUUUCUUCCAGAGCUCCAACCUCAUCCAGCACCGGCGCGUGCACACCGGGGAGAAACCGUACACGUGCGACGAGUGCGGCGAGAGCUUCAAGCAGAGCUCCAACCUCAUCCAGCACCAGCGCACGCACACGGGCGAGAAGCCCUACCAGUGCGACGCGUGCGGCCGCUGCUUCAGCCAGAGCUCGCACCUCAUCCAGCACCAGCGCACGCACACCGGCGAGAAGCCCUACCAGUGUGGCGCCUGCCACCGCCGCUUCAGCCAGAGCUCGCACCUGCGCCAGCACAGCAAGGUGCACGCGGCCGAGCCGCCCCGCACCGGCAAGGCCAGGCCCAGGGCCCGCCCGGCGGCCUCCUGGAAGGCCGGCGCCGGGAGGAAGGUCAGCACGGGGAGGAAGGCUGGCGCCGGGAGGAAGGCCGCUGGCGCCGGGAGGAAGGCCGGCACGGGGAAGAAGGCCGGCGCUGGGAGGAAGGCCAGCACGGGGAGGAAGGCCGUACUGAAGGGCACGGCUUCCACUCUCUUCAAAAAAAAGAAAAAGUGAGGGGUAAAGAGAAGACUAGAAGCUUAUAGUAGAGCACUUAGACCCCAGUCCUCCCCAGCACGGCGCCCUCGGGGACCCGUGAGCCUGCCGUGACAUGGAGCAGGACACGCUCACAGGGCCAUUUGCAUCCCCCUGAUAAAGGAGCACCGCGUUCUCCUGCGCACUGUAGAACUCCACGUGCCAGGCCUACUCAGCCUAGGACUUUCUGUGGAAGGAGUAAUUAGGUAAAAGGAAGAAAAUUAAUUUCAGAAGUAGGCGAUUUUGUUAGUAUCGUUUUGUAUAUUAACUCUUAGUUUAUAAGUGACCAACGUUGGACCUCUUAAGAUGUGCUCAAAUUCACAGAUUUUUACUCAGCAAGGCCCAUCUCUUUAUUUUGUUUCUUUGCUGAAAGGAGUAAGAAUGCCCCUGAUUCUCAUAUUUUUAAGGAACAAUCCUAAAGAAGCCUGUGAGGAUGAAGGCUUCUCUUGGUGCAUGUUGAUCUGUGCCCAUGGCCUCUUGUCAUUUUCUGAUUCUCUUAAACUGAGCCAGCCUUUUUACACAUGAAUAAACCAUAUUUUGCCAACAGAAUCUCAGCUUCUGGCAAAAGAAAAGAAAAAGAAGAAAGAAAAAAAAGAAUGAGAAAAUACCAUUUACAGGUCUCCUUGCCUUUAAAACUGAACACUUGAUAACAUUGGUUAUCUUAGACACUUCAGCUGCAAAAGUCAUUUAAUGUGCUGAUAAAUACAUUGUAGCUUCUUUACAAAGUAGCUUUUCUAUAUUGGAUGAAUUGUUGAAGAAGGCUAGCAGGUAGCCUGUUAGAACAGUGCCAAGGGACUGGGUGUGUGGUUCAUGCCUAUAAUCCCCAGCUGUUGGAUAGAGGGUGGAGAUGGGAGGAUCACUGUUUGCAGCUGGCCCUGGCAGAAACCCUACCUGGAAAACAAACUAGGAAGCAAAAGGUAGUGUAGAGCGGCUUGCCUGGUCAGUGUACUGCAGAGUUCAGUCCCUUGCAUGCCAAGGAUUUGGAACCUGCCAGCUGCCUACACUGAUCAGGUGUUAACUAUUAUCAAUGCUUUUAACAUUCUGAGUUUUUGGUAUCUUUUGUAUAAUCAUUUAAGUUCCUGAUGUAUUGACAAUUAUUCACACAAAAUAAAGAUGAGAUAUUUUGCAUACUA